AGAACCUCUGUACAAUUUCUGGAGUGGGAGGAACAGGAAAGCUUGUUUGCCAAUCACAUGCAAUGAACUGGCUUCUCCUUCUGAAUUUCACGGGGGCUGUCAUUUCAAACUGAUUGAACAGCCAACGUGUGAGCUGAAAUCCGAGCAAGCAUGUGGUUCUGCCUGGUAAUCUCUCUGGCACUGUUCUUCCUGAUCCGAUGGUUCCUGGAGAGGCAGACUGUGGAGAGCCUGAGGGAGAAAUAUGUCUUCAUCACUGGCUGUGAUUCUGGCUUUGGAAACCAGCUUGCCCAGCAGCUGGAUUUGCAGGGCAUGCGGAUCUUGGCGGGAUGUCUUACCCAGAAAGGGGCUGAGGAACUGGAAAGGGUCACAUCUGACCGGCUGAAAACCAUCGUCCUGGAUGUGACCAGCACAGAGAGUAUUGCCAUGGCAACUGAAUGGGUGAAAGGACAUGUGAAGGACAAAGGCCUCUGGGGCUUAGUAAACAAUGCUGGCAUUGUGCAUCCCUUAGCUCCCAACGAAUGGCUGACCAAAAGUGACUUUGUGAAAGUGCUUGAUGUCAACUUAGUUGGUCUGAUUGAUGUAACUCUACAUAUGUUGCCCCUGGUGAAGAAGGCCAAGGGAAGAGUGGUCAAUGUAGCUAGCAUCCUGGGUCGGCUGGCUUUCUUUGGAGGAGGCUACUGCCCAUCUAAGUAUGGGGUGGAGGCUUUUUCCGAUUGCCUAAGACGUGAGCUCCGCCCAUUUGGGGUGAAAAUAGCCAUGGUAGAGCCAGGCUAUUUCAGAACAGGCAUGACAAACAUUGAGUGGAACCUCAACGAACUGGAGCAGAUUUGGACCAAUGUUCCACAGGAAACCAAAAAUAGCUAUGGCCAAGCCUAUUUUGACAACUAUUACAAGAUGUUCAAGGAGGGAAUUGUAAACAAGUGCUCCACAGACCUAUAUCUGGUCACUGACUGCAUGGAACAUGCCUUGACAUCCAAGCACCCCCGGACUCGCUAUUCUGGGGGCUGGGAUGCCCAGUUCCUCUACAUCCCACUCUCUUACCUGCCCACAGUUUUGGCGGAUUUUGUGCUGACAUGGUCUUGGCCAAAAAGUGUUCGGGCUGCAUAAAGAGGAUAAAGCAGAAAAAUAACAUGAGGGCAAGAAAGGUGGUAUGAGGAAAAGAUUGCUCUCUCUUAUAAUGGAUGUGUACCUUUAAAUAACCAGAUGCAGAUAUGUGUCUGAUGUGAGAGGCAACAGUUUUACAAGCAUUGUAUUGCCGCUGCAUUUUUAUACUGCUUAAUAACCACAGAUAUGGGUUAUGAUUGGCAACUUCCUCUCCCCCCCAUUUUACUAUACUAUCAAGUUAAACAGAUCUUGAAUUUUCAAUAAUAUUCGUAAUUAAGUACUUUUAAAUAAAAUUAUUAAUUUUUACAUUGUAAAA